GAGUACUACGCUUGCGCACUUUGACAACAACGCCAUCUUUGAAAUGAAUUAGAGCUGGAGAAGAAGACGCUCUUGCAAAAAACUGUAACGUACAAAUCGAGCGUAAUCGUGUCCAGCUGUCCAUUCUCAGUAGAAUUAGAUAAAUAGUGUUGAAUUCAAGGAGUUGUCCAAAUGGCUGAUGCUGAAAAAGUUAACGUUGAUAGUGUUAUACAGCGAUUAUUAGAAGUCAGAGGGGCUCGACCAGGAAAAAAUGUGCAGUUAACAGAAGCAGAAAUAAGAGGAUUGUGUUUGAAAUCCAGGGAAAUUUUUCUCAGCCAACCCAUCCUGUUGGAGUUAGAGGCGCCCUUGAAAAUAUGUGGUGACAUACAUGGCCAGUACUAUGAUCUUCUGCGACUUUUUGAGUAUGGUGGGUUUCCACCUGAAGCCAACUACCUCUUCCUUGGGGAUUAUGUAGACCGUGGCAAGCAGUCUCUUGAGACCAUCUGUUUGUUGCUAGCAUACAAAAUUAAGUAUCCAGAGAACUUCUUCUUGUUGAGAGGCAACCAUGAAUGUGCUAGCAUUAACAGAAUUUAUGGUUUCUAUGAUGAGUGCAAAAGGAGGUAUAAUAUUAAGCUCUGGAAAACCUUCACGGAUUGCUUUAACUGCUUGCCUAUAGCAGCUAUCAUCGAUGAGAAGAUAUUCUGUUGUCAUGGUGGUUUGUCACCAGACCUACAGGCAAUGGAACAAAUAAGACGCAUCAUGCGGCCAACAGAUGUCCCAGACCAGGGCCUUCUCUGUGAUCUACUUUGGUCAGACCCUGACAAAGAGACAAGUGGCUGGGGAGAAAAUGACAGGGGUGUAUCUUUCACAUUUGGGCCUGAAAUAGUCUCUAAAUUUCUUAGUAGACAUGACUUGGAUCUCAUCUGCAGAGCACAUCAGGUUGUUGAAGAUGGUUAUGAGUUCUUUGCCAAACGGCAGCUGGUGACACUAUUUUCUGCCCCUAACUACUGCGGAGAAUUUGACAAUGCAGGAGCCAUGAUGAGUGUCGAUGAGACAUUAAUGUGCUCCUUCCAGAUUCUCAAACCUGCAGACAAGAAGAAAUUUCCCUAUGGUGGCCUGAACUCCGGACGACCCGUAACUCCACCAAGAGGAGCAGGCAAGAAUAAGGGCAAAAAAUAAAUGGAAAGUAGUAGCUUUUCAUAUAGGGUCCACCUAACCAUCCUAAGGAAUUUGAGGUUAAAUUGUUGUGAAUUUUAAAUCACCCUUAAAUGUCGUUAAAUGAAAGAAUUCGAAGGGCACACCCAAAAUUUAAAAAUCUAAAGACUAUACUCAUACAUAGUGAGCUUUUUUUUCACAGAGAAAUAUCAGGGGCCACUUCUACAUGGCUUCAGAAAUCAGCUUAGGAGUCGCAAGCAAUAUAAAUUACUUGAUGUGCUGGCAGAUAACCUGUGAGCAAAACUGGUAUAAUUUGUUUGUUCGCCUAGCCUCUGUUUAAUUAGACUUACAAAUACAAUGUCAUAUUCGGAGGAAAAUGCAUAUUUUUAGUCUGAAUAAUAAAACAAUGUAAAAUUUUAAACUGAUAUUUGACUUGAUGUAGGUUGUACAAACACAAAACACUGUGAAUAAGGUUUAACAUGCACUGUGAACGAUUGUUUUCAAAAGUCAAGCCUCCUUGCAGUAUUUCAACUCAGGAAUUCCCAACAAAGAUGAACUCAGUUGACUUUAACCUAGAAUGAUUAAUAAUUUGAUCGCUCAAAAGCUUUGAGUUGAGUGACUUUUUCAAGUGUUUGUAUGCAUUUCAGAUCCAACCUACGUUACAUGUCGAAGAAGCUUGUAAAAAUAGUGGAGAGUGAUGUUUUGCCCCCCCCCCCCCCGCCCCUUUUUUAUCACUGUCCCGAUAUUUUUUUUAAUGUACAGGUUACCCUUUGGUUAAUUGUUGAUGUAAUGUACUUGUAUUAGAAUUAUUGUGCAGUUGCACAAACAUGCAUUUGUCUGUGUCCUUGCUAUACUCUUUAAGGCGCAAAGACUCUUAUAAAUGCCCUGUGAUGUCUCAUUCUUGUCAUAUGAGGCUGUGGAUCCAUGUAUAUGACAAGUUGUUCACCUUGCUGUACACAUUGAUGUGCAAGGUCAUGCCUCUACAUUGUCAAAAUACAUUUAACAUGCUUUUCAUUAAUUGCCCAACAAAGUAUAGUAUGUUGACAUGGCAAUUUUGUUUUAAUCUUGGGUGUUUAUUUUAGUAUAUUUGUCAAGAAAUUUUGGAUUUUUGUGCAACUGGACACCUGCACAUUUGCCAUUGAAGUAAUGAGGUUAUUCUGGGUGUUGGCACAGUGACAGGAUCACAUAGUAGCAUGGCAAACACUCACUCCUGGAUGGUGGUUUCUUUCAUUUUGUAUGUUUAUAGUGGUUAGCACCAUCGUUAUGCAGUAGUAGAUACAAAUAUCCUACUGCUGAAAAAAAAACUGCUUCUUUUGUGCUCUUGUUAAUCAGUGCAAAUGGCUGAAUCAGUUGCUAAGCAUGAAGAAUGAUUCAUUGUCAAAAAUAAUACUUCAUGCCCGUGCUAAUAGUAAUGGUCUUUUGUGUUGUAAAAAACAAGGUUGCCACUGUUCUGUAUACAUGUAAUGAUCAAAAUCCAUCCUAUAUUCUGAGCAGCUUAUAGAGAAUUGAAUCCACUGAUGAGACACAUUCAAAUACCUUAACAUCUACAACACCUUACCCCCAACCUUGGUAGUUUGCUUGAAACUUUGAAAAAAGGAUUGGGGGCACUUGUAGCUUGCAUUAAGGUGGGUUUUCUGUGCGAGUCCUCAUCAUUUUGCUCCUUUGAUCAUUUUGCUCUUUUGGAGGGGGUCUUUUAUCAAAUCUGUGCUUUUAUUCAAUAGUAUUUAGGAUGGAUAUUUCUUACAGAAGAUCCCUUUAAAUUAGUCCCCCAAAAAAGGCCAACAACAUACAGUUCUGUUGGAUUGGCAGUAAGUUUUUUUUGGUAACUCACAUUACAAGAAAAGGACAUGGCAAACAUUUAAAUACCCUGCAUUCGAAAGUUUCCUCAUAUGCUGCCAUUUUAGUUUUAAAAUUUAGAAAAACAAACAAUCGUGAAACCUUCAGAGGGAUACAUUUUGGUAACUCACGUCAAGGUCACUCACAUACAGUUUCUCCGCCAAUCUUUGGUGCAAGAUAAAACAUAAACAACUCUUUCAGCAUAAAAUAAUAUGAACCUUUCUCUAUGCCUUAAAAACAAGAACAUACAAUAACAUCUGCAUGUUACAUGUAAAAAGACAAAGUGCAAAAUUGACUUCCUAAAAUCCAUAAUUUUAGCCCCCAAAAAAGAGCAGUUUUGACAAAAAAAAUAAACUUGACAUAUUUCACCUUGCUGCCAAAUCACUCAAAUCAAAGGUCUUGUCCCUUGAUACCACAUUUGAAGUUGUGAUGUUGGUAGUUUUGAAGAUUAUAUAAAUUAGCUGUUUUUCAGCCAUGUCUACUUUCUCAUGGAA